UCGAGUGCACGUGGUGUUACUAAGGUACUUACUUAAUAUCAUUGGAACUGCAUUACACAAAAUAAUUAUGCGACGUAAAAUUUAAUUUAACAUGAAAGUGAUUAAAUACAUAGAUAAUUCGUAAUCACGAGAUAAUAUGAUAGGGAUUAUCGAAAUAAAAUUAUAUAAAUCCUUGAGCAUUAGUUAAUUGUGUUAUGUCAUUUCAAUACGUACAAAAUGGCUAAUACACAGAAAAGUUUGUUCAUUUUUUGUUUCUCUAUAUAUGUGGCGCUGGCAAAACAUGAAGUUUACGAAGGUCAUACAGUAUACGAGGUGACAGUACAGGAUGCUGAACAGGCUGCGUUCGUGAAUCACCUUCAAUACCAGAUCCCCAUUGACAUGUGGAUGCCAGCAAAGCCCAAGCACCCCGGCCAAUUCUUCGUGUCGAAAGACUACAAGUCUCAGUUCGAGAUGUUGUUGCAAGCAGCUCAAGUGGAAUACAGGGCUACCAUCACUAACAUCAAACAAAAAUUGGAGAGAGAAGAACAGCGUCUGUCCUCAGCAGUAUCCAGGCGGUCGAGUCAUAAUUCGUCAUCUGGCCUCAAUUUUGACGAAAUUCACAGACUUUCAGUUGUGAACGAUUACCUACAUCGGCUGAGUCGAGAGUACCCUAACCUCGUCAAGGUUGUGAACGGUGGGAAGACUUUUGAAGGCAGGCCGAUGAAGUAUUUGAAAAUAUCCAAAACCAAUUUUGAGACUUCAAGGAAACCUAUAGUAUACUUGCAGUGUCUAUUGCACGCUCGUGAAUGGGUGACUUUACCAGUUUGUUUAUAUGCCAUUGAAAAGUUAGUUAUCGAUGUCAAAGACCCUUAUCUAGUGAAUAAUAUUGAUUGGAUCAUUAUGCCUGUUGCUAAUCCCGAUGGUUAUGAGUUUACUCAUACCGAUGACCGUUUCUGGAGAAAGAACCGGGCCACUGGCUUUAUGGCUGACGAUUCAUGCAUGGGCGUCGACUUAAAUAGAAACUUCGAUAUAUUCUGGGGAACCGCCUCCGAUAGCGAUGUCUGCAGCGAAAUCUUCCAUGGCAGAAAUGCUUUCUCCGAACCCGAAACUCAAGUAAUUCGAAAGAUUUUACAUAAAUACCUACACCGCAUCGAAAUGUUCAUCGACCUUCAUAGUUUCGGGAGCUUAGUCUUGUUCGGUUUCGGUAAUGGAGAACUGCCUCCGAAUGCUUUAGCCCUGAACUUCGUCGGUGUUAAUAUAGCCCAGGCUAUUGAUAGAGUUAAAUGGUCCUCGAAUCCAGAUUAUACAGUUGGUAAUACCGAGCAUAUACUUUAUGCUUCUUCUGGUGGCUGCAGUGACUACUUCCAGGCCAGUGGUGUACCUCUGGCGUUCGUCUGCGAACUACCAGCAUAUAAGAAUCUUGACGGGGAAAUGGAUGGAUUUUUGGUAGAACCAGAUUUCAUUAAACAAGCUGGUUUUGAGACUUGGGAAGGAAUCAAGGCUGGAGCACGUCUCGCUCUUUUUAACCACAGGAAGAGGAUGGCAGUGUAAGAUGAAUGGAGAUACUGAUUUGGUUUUUGACAAAUUACCGAUAACUUACUAAUUUACUACAGGCAUGUCUUAUUUAUUACCUAUAUUUUAUUCACAUUAAAUGUAAAUAUUAUUGAAAUCCGAUGUUGUUAUCAAAUCACCAUAAGGCUGGUUUAGUUCUAAUGCUCUCCUUUUAAAUUUCUUGAUAUCUCCUCAUAAGCUUAGUUACUAAAUCUGUGUAAAUAAAUAGUUAUAUCGUGGGGCGUGUCAUUAAUAAAGUGUUUCAAACAAUUGCGUACACUGGCGUUUUUAGACCCCACCCUGAAUCAAAUAUCAAGUAACAGAACUGUUGUAUAAUGUUAAACAAAUGAUUGGUAUAUUGCCUUGUCUAUUGCACUUCAAAUGAGCAUUUUAACGUGAUAAAUCUGAAUAGUUGAUUUAUCCACAUUUGAUCGAAACAUUAUGUUACACUAGCCCGUAACAUUAAAAUAUUCGUUUCAUAAUUACUACAUGUUUAUUAUUCUCCUACAACAUUCGUGAAAUAAUCAAAUAUUUAAAAGUAUAAAAAUUUACUACCUGACUGUUCCAAAAUGAAAAUGUUCCGUUUUACAAAAAUAUAUGAACAAUAAAUCUACACAAAAGUUAUUUGUGUAAGUAUGUCAAAAUAAAAAAUAUUAAUUCUAAAGUCCUAAUGACUGUGAAAUACUUGGCCUUCAUUUUUUUACUACAAAUCGCACCCCCACUGGAAAAAAGGCUUAAGUGAAUUUACUUUGAAUCAUCGAUUUUAUCAUAUUUGAAAAGUACGUUUGACGAUACAUAUGCUAAAUUUUUUUCAUAUUUUUCUUGUUAACUUUUGACGAAUUAAUACAAGAAAUUAAUUUUGAGAGUUUUUAUUAUAUCACAUUUUUUCUUAAGGAUUAAAAGAUUAUGUGAUAUAAGCAAAGAAUAAAUUAAGAAAUAUGACGUAUUACUUAAUAUUACGUUUAUCGCUAAAAUUUAAUGUAAAAAGUAAUAAAUAUUAUGAUUUAAAUGCGUUUGUUUUUUUUACAUCGCUAGUCUUGUAUGUACGAUUAUCUUUUUAUUCGUUAUAUUAACUGGGUAAGGAAAUUAUCUUAAAUGCACUUACUUAACCAAAAAGAUAAACUUAAAGAAUAAUAAUAGCAGUAUGACUGUUUACUUCUUAUAAAAAUAAUAAUAUAAAAUAAAUUAGAAUAAGAACAGUUACUGCCACUAAAAAAUUUUCUUUGCGCCAAAACAUACGAAUACAUACUUCGGUGCGGCUGUAAAAUAAUGAUUAUUUCUUUCUUCUUUAAUUACAUCCCUUGAGUUAACCAAAGUAUUUUUGUCUUUGAUCCAAACUCUGUAUCCUUCAUUUUCAUUAUAUCCUACUAGAAUUCCUUUAACUGCCUUUUUUCUUAUACCUUAGGGGCAUGCACAUAACAAGUACUUCCUAUUAUUAUCCUUAAAGGACCAAUUCUGGGUUUCUCGUUAAACCAUACCGGUGACUUGUCAUACACCGUUGGACCAGUGCGGUUCAAGAUAUAGACUGAUGUAUUUACUAGUUCAGCCCAUAGGCCUUGAAGAAAACCUCGCGCAUUCAUUAUAGUUCUAGCUGCUUCAACAACUGUUCAGUUUUCUCUCUCGCACGUAUUCUGCUGAGGAGUAUGUAGCAUUGUCACUCUGUACUUGAUGCCAUUCAAUUCUAAUAUAGUUUUAACAAUUUCCCCUCCGUUGUCUGUAAAAAGUUCUUUGACUCUGUCCUGUUGCUUUUAUCUCAGCUAAUAUAAGUUCCAACUUUUUGUAGACUUCUGAUUUUUCUUUCAGAAAAUGGACGAAUCUGAACUGAGAAUAGGCGUCUUUGAAAAGUACGAAGUAUCUUAGUUUCGAUAUCGAGUACAUAAAGGAUUCACAAACGUCUGCAAAGAUAAGUUCUCCUGGUUUUGUAACACCUUCUCUAGUACCAAAUUUUAGUCUGUGUCUUCCAAUUUCUCUGCUUAACACCUUUUUCACGUGAGCUUUGUUUUGGUGAGCGAAUCACUCAUCAUAAAGCUGUAGCAUGUCCCUUGCGUUCAGUACAUUAAUCUCCGUUGUUUUAUCUUGUGAACCAUUUCAUAGUCGAAGCUUAUAAAGCCCACCUUGUUUCUGUUUAUCUCACCAACAGGCUUUUGUUACCAAUCGAAAGUUUACAUUUUGUAGCUUCUGGCGUGAAGAUGCUAUUUGUGAGCUUUUCUUGGGCUGAUAGUACUGAGAAUAAGUUUUUUGUGAUCCCUAGUACAGUACCAAAAAUCAUUAUCAAUUGCUUGUGGCUUCUUAAAUCUGUUUGUACAUCAAUGGUUCCUUUACCAAUCGCUUCAAUGGCUUGUCCAUUAGCUGUCGUUACACUAUGUGAUCGAUCAAAAUACUCAAAAGUCUUGAAUACGUGUCUUAGGUUUGUAACGUGAUUUGUAGCUCCAUUGUCUACAAACCAGCUAUUGUGAUCAGCGGAGUUGAUAUUCAAUACCAUUACGUUCAUGUUCACAGUUUCAUUGAAUUUCGUGUCAGAUGUUGUUUUCGACGAGCGUCCAUCAGCUUUCCAUUUUUGGCAUUGUUUUACCCUAUGGCCGAUUUCACCACAUAAAUGACAUUUAUUUAUUUUUUGUCAUAUUUAGGAAUCUUCUUUGUUUUGGAUGGUCUUUGAAGAGUCAGUGCAUCUCUGCAGUUCUUGGAACCUUUUGAAGAUAAUGCUCUUUCGUGAGAACAGCUGACUGGUUAAUCUCUCUUUAGUCCUCUCUUUACUUGAUAGUCCCAACCAACUAGAUUUAAAGGCGAAGAAUUCUUCCGGUAAGGUAUCCAAUAUCUUGCAAAUGAGGAACAUAUCGGGUAAAUCAGCAGUAAUUCCUUCCGACUUCUUCAUUUCCAUAGACAUUUCUUUCCACAUGUUCUUUAAUUUUGACAAAUGGGUCGCCAUGUCGUCGUUUUGAUCCUUCUUAUAUCCGAAAAACUUCAUGCAGAGAUCAUAGGCUUUAUCUUCUGUUACGCCGUCAAAUAAUCGGUGCAACUCUUGCCAAACCUCUCUUGCAGUAGAAAAUCUUAUUACCAUCUAAAGAUUUUUGAUCUCAUUAUUGCUUAAAGAAGACAUUUUAUUUGUAUUUUUAUUCGUUCAUUAUUUGAAAACAAAAGGUACUGGCUAUGUGUAACGUACCUUAAUUUGUUAAUAAAGAACAAUGGGCAAAAAACACCCAGCUGCGCGAAAGAUGUAUGAAAAAUAACUUUUUUUUUAUUAUGACACCGUAAAAAAAUAUCGUGGUACUCAAAAGAUAUGACACAUAAUAAAUCUACUUUUAGGAUCUACGUACUUUAAACGUAUAAUAAUUCUAUAAUAGGCAUGUAAAAUUUUGCAAAGUACAAUGGAGCUAUACGGCAUAUUUAAGUAGCUAAACAAAUUCAUUUAAUUGUUUUGUUACUUUGUUUUAUAUUAUUAGUAACCAUAAUAAUGUGCCAUAUCGUACUAUACAACCGACAAAGCCUUUUUUUUUUGUUGACGGUGGAAAAUGCAUUUACGCACCAUACCGCGCGCUUGCCAGGCGCGCGACGUGUGUGCAACUCCCCGGCGCGGAACAACGCCGGUCCUACCCAGUAAAAACCACCGGUACCCUCCUCGGCCCUUAUGAGGGCGUUCUGGGAUCGGCGCCACUACACCAGAGCGUCCUCGGGCUGGCCCGGCCCAUCGAGUGGACCGGGCGACGCUCCUAUGGGGGAUUACUCCAGGGUACUAGGUAAUCCCCAGACGGGGUGGCCUAUGCCGAAUGGCACCAAGACAACCGACAAAGCUUAGCGACCAUCCUUCGCUUGCGCUUGUUCAGAUACCUCAAAACGGUUUACGGGGGUUGAAGGACUUCCACUUGCAACUAGUCGACUCGUCUUACUUCGUUGUAUCUGUGCGCUCCCUGUCACUUGACUAAUAUUUAUCUAACACGCUUUGGACAUUGGAACACGAUUAUCGGUUUUGUUAAUUAGUAUGGAUGAACUGGGCUCAUGUUUACUCCUAUGCGUCGACAAGUUUGUGUGAUUUAUGGUCGCUCCGUUUUACGUAGACAAUUCUGGAGCUAAGAUGCAUAUGGGCGGAUGUGCAGAUCGGGCAAAUUUUUUUUAUUGAAUAAUAAAGAAAAGCGCUUAUUUCUCUUUCCAUAGCACUAUGAACUGUAUUUCUAUCUCUUUUCUGGGCUAAGAUAAUUCCGUGCAUAAUGUCGGUUCUUACAGAUUUUCUAAAAUCAUUAGAACCUAAAGGUUUUAUUUUCACUUCCUUCUCUCUGCGUCUACAUUGCUGUAUUUUUCUUUUGGUGGAAUGAAAGUUUGGCCCUUAUGCUUAAAAAAAAUAUUCGCACCAAGGCUACGUAAAAGGAGUCACGCCUUUAUGGUUCAAACAGUGAUUUAAAAUAUUCAUCGUAACUAAACUUCCGAUAUUAUGCAUCUAAGAUUCCUUUAAUAACUUUAAAAAGGUUGUACAUAUACGACUUUAUGCCUUUUGUUUUAGUAACUUUGUAAAUGCAUAGGUGGGCCAAUGUAAAAAUAAAUCGUUAUGAAUGUGAACUAUUCAAAAUACGGCGCCAAAAAAUUAGCGACAUUGGGCAUUAUCGGCCACGGCGUGUCUAAUGACUAACACUGAAUCAGUUUAAGUGUAAUGAGAUACUUUGUGAUUUGUCGUUGCGCGAUCGUAUGUCUGGCCGUUUGUCACUUUGCUCCUUGCACGCAUUGAUUGUUUACAUUUCGGUGUUUUUGUUUUACCUUCGGUCUGUUGGUGUUUUGUGAAGUAGUAGGUUUCUCAGUGUCUCUCACACUGAGAAACCUAUAUCUACUGCAAAGUACAAUGAUUUGAUGACUCUUUUGAAAUGGGUUCUUAUGGAGUUUCAUGUCUACUAUAGAAAUCCUACUCAUAACGGAAAUAUUCCCGACUUUCCAGAAAGUGACUAAUUAAUAUACACUCGGCGUCAAAAAAAUUGCACCUCUUAGAAAAUCACUUUCAAAUGUCAUUAACUCUUAAUAUGCACAUGUAGUCACAUUAAUAAUGAUUUUAUUUAAAAGGUUACUUAAUUGACUUAAUUAAAAAACAUUACUUUUCAUUAUCAAAUAAAACCUAGUGCAACAAAUAAAGUGUCACAAAAAUUCGAUGCAAAUUUUGCUACCGUGAGAGUCGCUUGUUGCGCUUCCUUAUGUGGGUAGGUAUAAAACCGUCCACACGGAGUCAAUGAGGGUCAUUCGCUAUUCAACCAUUGAAGAGGACACACGCACAGAUUUUACUGAAGAAAAAUCACCUCGAAGAUGAAUACCACAGCUGAUGAGCCGCUCAAGUUGUUGCAGGGAUGCGGCAGUGUGAUGUUGCCCGGCAACUGAACCUGAGCCGUUUUUCCGUUCGAAGAGUAUACCAGCGAUUCAUAGCGACUGGUGGCUAUAUCUGGAGACAUGGGUCCGGUAGACGCCGCUGCACUUCAGAAAGAGACGACCGUUGAACAGGUCGUCUCUGUCGAACUCUGAGAAAUCGUCUCUCUAACGCUGAUGAGUUGCAAAAUCAGCUUCAGGCAAUUCGUAGACGCACCGUGAGCGUCUCUACGGUUAGAAGAAAACUGAAGGAGAGAAAGAUAGCGGCCCGCAGAGCUGCUACGGGUCCGAAAUUGACAGCAGCGCAUCGGCGAUCCCGCUUUCAGUUUGCUCGUGACCCUAGAUAACCUACUGAAGAUCUAUCUAGUGGUAACACUAGAUCUUAAGUUUAUAUUAAGAUACUUUUUGUACAUUUUUCUUUCUAAAUUAUCUGUUGUUAAUAACGACUUCAUUAAGGAUUUUUAUUAUAUUUUUAUUUUAAUGCUGUUUGUAUAAUUUUAAUUAAAUAAAAAGUUAAAGAACAAUGCCUGAUUCUGGCUUACAAAACUUUUCAUUAUAAAAUGGCACGAAAACGUGUCUUUUACAUACAACAAGAAACAUAAAAAAAUUACAUUUGUCUUUUUUCGAGAACUUCUCCAAUCGAAUUUAUUUAUUAAUAAACAAAUAGCUGACCGAAUAUCCAACAAAAAUAAUUUAAGUUGCUAUUGUGUUUCUCUCUGAUUUAUUGCAAUAAAAAGAAAGAGACAAGAAGUUCCGAGACGACCCACUGGCAUUGAUAACUGAUGUGAUAACUUAAAAGAAUACAGCAAUAGUGAAUUUGAAUCAGUAGUUUAUUGCAUUCAUUAAAAUGAUUCGAAUAAUCAUCAAAAUGUAUUAUUAAUUGUAAUUACCAACCCUUGACGACCGUACUUUGGGUCUACCACAAUGCGCAUAUAAAAUAGCAUAAGUCUACCAACUAGUAAAGGUAACUCAAACACAGACCCAAGACAAUGUUAAACAGUUAUUUUUCUGAAUAAAUGAGACAGAGUAGCGAACCUGAGAACCCAGAUAUGGCGACACCAUGAGAAUCGGUGUGGAAGUCACUCCGCCAGGGUGAUAGCCAAAUUGAAAUAACCUCAAAAUUCCAUAUUUGUAUUAUCGAAUUAUUUUUUUGCGCAAAGUUCUUUAGAAUUUUUAAUGUUCUGGAAAUGUUUAGUUAUUAACAACACACAAUAAAACUAUUUUCGUUGAUGUGCGUGAACAUUUUAUAUUAAGCCAAAGUUACUAUGGACACGUGGCAUUGUUCUUUAAUGGUUUUUGGAUACUCCUUUUUGUUACUUUUCUUAUGAUACUCAACACUAUUCUCUAAAAAAGGUUUAAAAAUAUUUGAAGAAGAUUUUUAAAAGUUCAAUUUUUCGACGCCGUGUGUUAUACGCCAGUGAAUAUAUGAAUAAUUAAAUAUUUUAAUUUUCUCUCAUUUUUCAUUAUUAUUAAAUUAAUAAUUAUCGUUUAUUUAUGGAAUAGUUUUUUUUGUUAAGAGAUGUCCGACUUUUUGCCAAACGAACCACAGUUAAUAAAUGGACACAAUAAAGUCGCAUUUGGACAAACACCUCACAUUAAAUUACAAAAAUUGGAGGCAUAAAGCCAUAUAAGCACAUACUAAUCAGUUGAACAAAUACAUUGAUUAUUUUUAGUGGCAUAAAGGCGGAUGUCAUGAUUUUUUUAAAAAAAGUUAAUUUUUCACUGUUUAGAAACAUUGUUUUUAAAUUUUAAUUAUAAAGCUAGUUAAGCUACAUAAUUAGCUAAGUAAAUGCAAAGAAAAUAUUUACGUAUUGUUUGUACUUAUUGAAAUAUUUGCCGAUAAAAUUGAAUUUUUAUUUUAUUCUGUCCUGUAAAGUUGGCAAAAUCGACAUCCGCCCUAAUGCUUCUAAGCUCUAGAAUUUACUAUAAUGAACAGACUGUUUUAAAAAAUGCCAACCCAUGCGGGGAUUUUUGGGUUUACUCUAGCACGGCAGAAUAACAUAAGGUAGUAGGCAUACCUGAGUCCUCUAUGUAGGGUUGAACUAACUAAAUUAAUUCCCUUGUUUCAUUAAUGUUCGCUCGUUAUAGUACUUGUACCUAUUUAACUUAAAAUAACUAAAUACCCCCGGGAUGGAAUUUGAUGCGCUUUGGAACAGAUGAUCACGACUUUAAUACCUUUCAAACAAAUGUAGUUUAAGCCGUGGCGGACGUGGCUGCUGCGUCCAUACAUUUUUGCCCAAUGUCCUUUUGCUUGUUACUUUAGUUUUUAAUUGAGAGAACAUAAUAUUUUGUUGUACGGAGCCGAGAAAUAACUUAUUUGGUUAAUUGUUACAAGUCUUAACGAAUUAUCUAUUGAUUAUUUAAGAAUUUAUUAUUUAUUUACUUAAGUUAUCUUAACAAGCGCUUAGACUGAAAAGAAGGGUAAGUAUUGCUUAUACAUUUUAAACAUAAUUUUAAUAAAGGAAAUGCAGUAAUCUUACUUAUACCAACAUAAGUGUUCGUAUUUACAAGUUCAUUACUGCUUUAUUACAACAUACUUUUUGAAAUACGUUUCACUUUUCUGGCAAAGCCUGGCAUAAAUUUUGAUACUCAAAAUCCUUUAUUUUAUUACAUUCUGAAAAGUAGCAUAAUAAUUUUAAACAAUUCCUAAUAAACUAAUUAUAGUUUAUUAAUGAUUACAUUAGCAUUAACUUAAUAUAACACGCAGUGCAACAUUUUUUCUCCUUUUUUUGAUAUAUGAAUAAUUCUUCUACGUUUGGAAAUAAAGUAAAUAUGCCCAAAAAUUCAGUUUUUUCGCCAUACUGAAAAAUCAGCAUUUCCGGCUUAUGCCUUUUUCCCCCUGAGGGUACGAAAUCACUAAAAGAAUAGGUUUUAUUUUCUAAUAAGCAGGCUAUUCUGUAAAAUUUUCACGCGCGGUUCCGAUGUGGAUCAGUGCGGAUUUAUUUCGGAACCGCGUAGAUCCACAUCGAAUAAACGCAAGGAAAAAUUACAUUAAUUUUAAUUUAAGUACUGCAGUCUUGAGACAAGGCUGCAUAAGAAUAAAUGCUUUGAUUUUUGCAAAUUAUCAAAAUAAAACUUUACAGAUUUCCUGUCAGGCCGACGACAAUAAAUUAUUUGUAUUAAUUUUUGCUUUAUAAAUACUUUUUGUGAAGUCUUAUUUAGAAAAUGGAAGGAAGGAUUCUAAAAAAUGCGAAGUUGAUGGCACUGUAAAUAAUUUGCAAUCUCUUUUAUCAAAUGUAGUAAGGUAAUGACGCAGUAGGAGUUUUCAUAAUUUUCAGUAUUGUAACAUUAUCAAAAGUACCUGAGCCGUUCUCAUAGAAAUUAUAAAUAUUCAGCUAUUCAGCAUUAAAUAUUACUAAGUACAAUAUUUAUACUUGCUAAGGCUUAUACAAAAUUUUACCCUGUCCUUUGUCUAAAGAGUCAUUCCGUCGCCUACAUUAGAUGUCGAAUAAAGGUUUGAUUAAAGAUUUCAGAUGUCGAAUAAAACUUUAGGCUUAGUUAUACUAUAAUCUACUUUACUUUUUACAAUUACCCCAUCUGACAACGCGUUAACAAAGGGUACCGAAUCAUUUUUAUUUUUAUUAGAACCGCGAUUAAAAAACAAUUUUGCCGCGAAUGUAAGAAUUCUGUCGCAUUUUUUUAUCCGCGAAUGGUGAAAACGCGAAUAAUGGAAGCGUGAAUAAGGAGCUUUAACUGUUUUACUAAUAACAUAAUUAAAUAAAUAAAUAUUUCCAUCACUCAAUGUAGAGGCUUGUGUUAUGGGAUACUAGAGUAACGGAUAGAAUACAUAAUAUACUGUACAUAUAUAAGCAUAUUUAUAUAGAAAUACAUAUUAAACAUCCAUGACUGGAGUACAAAUGCUCGUAUUCAUCACACAAACAUCUGCCCCCACCGGGAUUCGAACCCGGGACCUCUAGAGUCGGCGUAUAAACCACACGGCCACGGAGGUCGUCUCAAAGGUCAUAAUUCAUUCAUUGCUUGAGCAGUCGCUCAUCCUCAUUGAAAAGGAUAAUAAUAAAAAUACCUACUUUUUGUUAUGAUAAACCCUGCCCUUAAGGUUUAUCGCUAGAUUAUGUCUCAACUAACAGACCUAGUAGAUCGGUAGUUUGUUAAAAAAUCUGUUAAAAUUGCGAUUUUUUUAUAGCACUGGCAACGUUGUUCAUUUUGAAAUCAAUACUAUGUAUUUCGAAAAAAGUUCUUAUGUAUUAAAAAACAGAAUUAAUUAAAACAUAAUAGGUAUUUAUUAUUGCAAUAAUUCAAUCUUUGAUGGAUUUAUCAUGAUAAUUUAUUGUAUUUAAGCUUAAUACCUGAUGUACAUUAUAUAAUAGCUUAUCUAUAAAAAUAAUUUAUCUUGCUUUUUAUCAGUUUAUUUAUCUACAUUCUCUCAAAAGACAAAAUUAAAAAUGAGAUAGUACGGUCUCUAUAGUAAUAAUGACAAUAAGACUAAACUUGUUUAUUUAUUACUUAAUUAUUUGAAAGAAACAUUCUCUCGGCUUUUGUUACACCAACAAUUGUAUUUUUGUUUUCUUUUUUUCUAGUUCUAUUUUCAGUUUCGAUUCUGGAACAAAAAUCGCGCUACCGAGUACAUGCCAGGUCCCAUUUGCAGAGGAGUGGAUCUAACAAGGAAUUUUGAUUCCUUCUGGGAUUCACCUACGAUAGAUUUUUCAUGAGACUACCGUUUUCAUGGCGAUGAAGCUUUCUCUAAACCCGAAUCUAGGAAGAUCAAGGACCUACUGCAUCAAAAGUCUGAUAGAAUAAAAAUAUACAUUGAUUUGUAUAGCUGGGGAAGCUUCGUUUUAUAUGAGUUUGGAAAUAGCCAGCUCAAUUCAAACGCAUUGGUCACGCUAUAGAUAGAGCGAAGUGGCAUUGAAAAAUCUUCUCAUGGGCUUGCAUCAGGAGUUCCAAGUGAUUACGCUCAAAUGAUUGGUAUACUUUUGGCUUUUACCUACAAGUUGCCGACUAUAGAUAAUAGUUCCAUGGUUGCGACUUUGGUUAAUCCAGACUUCAUUAACCAAGCUGUAUCUAGUAUCGAAACCUGGGAAGACAUCAAAGUGGGAGCUAGGACAGCUUGUAACAAUUAUAGAAGAAGAUUUUUGGUUCAAACAAUAAACGUGUAAUGUUACAUUUUUAUUUUUUAUCUGAAUGGUAGAUAAUGUUUUACUAAUAAACUAAAUUUAUUGGUUGUCGUAACAAAGUUAUCUUAAGAGAUAUAGACAAAAAUAUAGCUUUUUUUUGGGGACCAAAACCUAAGCCCGUUAUUACCGAAACUGUACAUCGUGUUUGUAACGAACUGCAAAUUAGGCUGUUAAAGAUAACAGACAAUAUAGAAGCGUUAGCAUUACCAGCUACGAGUACUAAAACAAGUAGAGAGGAAACAUGCAAAACUAUAUCAGUAGCAUACAUUAGUCCAAUGCUAGCAGUAACAGUAAUCUGGUUUAGGAUGAUAAAUUUGAAAAAUUUCGUCGAGAAUCUAUAUUCAACCUUUUUAAAAAUACAAUCGCCUCCGAUAUAUAUAAUUUUGUUAACCUUGCAAUUGUUAAACCCCAUACGAAAAGCUUGACAGCGGUGUAAGACCAUCUGAUUGUUCCUUCGUGUGACAUCAGACCUAUUAUCACAAAAUAUGUGAUUCUAUAACCGCUAUAACAACGAUUAAUAAAAAUGAAUCUGGGUAUUCAUUUACAAAACAAUGGGGUAGUUGCAAUGGCUUUAUUGAAAUAGUAUUUGGCCUUGCACGAAAACUUUUUGUGGAAGACUCACUAUUAGCUAAUUUUACCAGAAUGUUGUUUUACUGACAUAUUUUUCAUUGUGUCACUCCAACGAAAGGUCCGGCCGGCCAUUUGCUUUUAUGAUCAAGAUUCUAAGUAUGAUUCUGUGGGAGAUAGUAACUAUUUAGUUCCAAUUUCUAGAGUCCCACUCGUUCCUUUUAUCAGUCUAUAAGAGAUCCUUAUUUGGGCAUACGGGGAUUUGAUUCUUUCACUGCCAAAACUUUUACCUUAUCAUAUAAGUUAUUUCUAGCUAUUCUUAAGCUGCAAGCUGCAAUUCAAUUCAUUUGACAUUGUGGGUUACCUGUAAUGCGAAGAGAUGGCGCUGCCUUGCAUCUAGAAGAAUUUCGACGCGGUCCGUGAGGGCCGCGGUAGCAUAAUUGGUCAGUGCAUUCGCCCGGAUUGCGAAGGGUACGGGUUCGAGUCCCGUCUGCUGCCUGGUCUAAAAUUCUCUGGAUUUUUUUCUAGUUAUAUUUACUUUAGAUUUAAACAUCAAGCAGUUACAUGCUUUAAAAUAAUAAAAAAUAUAAAUAUAAGUUAUUUGUCCUUUUAUAUGUAUAAAUACAGUUUUUUUCUUACUAAAGAUUACGAAUCAAAAUUGAAAAAAUCAUUGAUGUUGCAAAUAGCAAUUUUGCAUCGAAACUAAAAGGAUUAUUCAACUGCAAAAUUUCUCGUGCUUAUUUAAAAAAAAGGUAAAUUUAAAAAAUCAACUAACCUGACUGCUUAAUUAUUCUUCAAAUAAAAACUGAAAAGAAAAAAACAAGUCCAGUAGUCUAUAAUUCUGUUAAUAAGGAACAAAGCUACUUUAACAGUCGGGACCCA